AUGCCAGUCAAGACGGACGAGAAGAAACAGCAUUUCGAUGACAUUUAUGUGGCUACCACUCCAGUUCCCUACAAGACGGAGAUUUUGGACAAGCUCGAGUACAUUUCCGACGAUAACAAUCGUCAAGUCUUUGAUCGCUUGAUUUUGCCGUGGGUUCAACAGCAGCAAGGAAAGUUGAAUUACGUCGAUUUGUGUGCUUGUUUUGGAAACACCACCAUGGCCACCGUCUGUGGAAUGACCUACAAGCAAAUUUGUGACAAUUGGAAAGACGAAGAUAGUUGCAUGACCAUUCAAGAAAAGCGUCGAUUCGAUUGCCACACCACGGCCAUUGAUAUCUCUGCCAAUGCCAUGGCGUAUUGUAAAAAGACGGGUCUCUUUGAUGAGGCCAUUGUCGUCGAUCUCAACGAUUCCUCCUUGGAAGAAGAACAAAAGCAAGUCCAAGCGGCCAUGGCCAAUGCCGAUAUCUUUCUCAGUACCGCCGCGUUGGUGUAUUUGGAUUUGGAAACCAUUGAACGAAUCGUCCAGGCGUUUGCCAGCAAACCCACGGAAGGAUACAUGUUGGUCAACUUUUUGAAUCCAUUCUCGCUGGAAAAGGCCGACGAAACCAAGCGCGUAUUGGUCAAACACUUGGACUUUGUCGGGAGCAUGGCUGCCAGGCAUCGACGCAUGUCACCCUUGGAACAGGAAAAUUAUCCGGGAGAAACCUGGGCAUUGUUGGAACUAUGGGUCUUGCGUCGCAAACCCAAGGCGUAA